AUGGCAAAUCAUAUUGGUGGUAUAAUUUCGGGGGUGAAUCCUUUUGUGUUCAACUCUUCUUCGCCUGUGACCAUCUUCCUUAUUCAAGCAGCGAUAAUAUUAGUUCUCGCAAAUGGUCUUCAUGUCUUUAUAUCAAAACUAAGGCAGCCAAAAGUCAUUUCUGAGGUGAUUGCAGGAAUUAUUUUAGGGCCAACUGUAUUUGGGCAAAUCCCACACUAUACGAAGACAUUAUUCCCAAAAGAGUCCGUGACUGGUUUGAACCUUGUUGCUAACUUCGGGAUUAUUCUAUUCAUGUUCUUCUUGGGCAUGGAAGUGGAUGUUACAUUUGUCAAGAAAAACGCUAAAGCUGCAAUAUCUAUUGGUUUGGGAACCUUGAUUGUACCAUUCGGAUUUGGUUGUUUAUUUGCUUUGCCAUUAUACAACACAUACAUGGAUAAUAAUGAUACAAAAUUUAAGGUUUUCAUGGUUUUCAUUGCAGUUUCUUUGUCUGUCACAGCAUUUCCGGUUCUCUGUCGUAUAUUGACGGAACUACGUUUGGUGAAAGAAAAAGUGGGUGUUAUCGUUUUGACAUCUGGAACAAUUAAUGACGUCUUUGGGUGGAUUCUUUUGGCUCUAUGUAUAAUUCUAUCGAAUUCGCAGUCAAAUCCUGUUAAUGUUGUGUACAUCCUUUUGUGUACAUUUGGAUGGUUUCUGUUCUGCUGUUAUCCUGUCAGACUAACAUUGAAAUGGAUAUUAAAUAGAUUCCAUGAGUUUGAAAGAGACAGUCCAUCCACACUGGCCACUAUGUUGGUAUUGGUUAUAGUGCUACUAAGUGCAUAUUUUACAGAUAUAAUUGGGGUACAUCCAAUUUUUGGUGCUUUCAUUGCAGGCAUAGUAAUACCAAGGGAACAUAACUUUGUUUCGAAACUAACCGCACGUAUGGAAGAUAUUCCAAAUUUAUUGAUGAUACCUAUAUACUUUACAAUUGCAGGCUUAAACGUUGAUUUAACCCUUCUAAAUACAGGAAAGGAUUGGGGUUAUACUUUUGCAAGUAUCGGGAUAGCAGUGUCUACAAAAGUCGUGUCAGGCUCAUUACUAUCGAAAGUCAAUGGGCUUCGCUGGAGAGAAUCUUUGGCUGUUGGUGUACUAAUGUCAUGUAAAGGUAUUGUUGAAAUUGUUGUCUUAACAACUGGUUUGAAUGCAGGAAUUAUUACAAAAAAAGUCUAUGCUAUGUUUAUUUUUAUGGCUUUGAUAUCAACUUUCAUCACGACCCCUCUCACACUUUGGAUUUUCCCAGAUCAUUAUAGGAAUGAAUUAAGAAAGCAACAAAACAAUAAUAAUGAAGAGAAUAGAAAUGUUAAGCUAAAAACAGCUGCGGAUCUGAAAAAUAUCCACUUUUCUUCUUUGGAGUUAGUUUUGAAUAACUCAAAAUCAGUAGGGCUCACUCUCUGGUUUUUGAAAUCGAUCAGCACUGGAAAGCUUGAAUGGGCAGAAUCGAGAGACUCAGAUCAAGAAGAUUCUGAUUCUAAAGAUUUGAGAAAGCUUCCAUCCAUUGACACAGAAGCAUUGACCGUUGUAUCGGACGAUGAUGAUAAUACACCAUUACUUAUCAACGCCAAACAUUUAAAACUCAUGUCUGACAGAACAGCAGAGAUUCUCGAGUUGACAAGUUUACAUAAUUCAAAAAAUGCAGGUGAUAAUGGCCUUGAAAUGCUUCGGGUUUUUUGUACAUUAUUUGGAUUGAACUUUACAGGUGAAAUGCUCUUUUCUUCCCUGGCCGAAAAAAUUGGGUACAUAGGAAAGAUACCAGUUGGUCUUCAUGAUGCUCUUUUAUUGCCACUCAAUUACCCAUCGGUAGAUCAGAAUGAUGCAAUGCGCAGUAUUUUAUCAUUUAAUGAUCUACCAGAUGACUUUUUCAGUGCUCUCUCUCCAAAGAUAUCAUCUUCUUUGAUUUUACUUUUUGGUCCCGUUACUCAUCAACAACAUGAUAAAGUCAUCAUAUACUUGUUGAACCCAGUUUUAACAUCUUCUGAUUACCUUGCUCUUUUCCUCUGUUUUGUAAUUGGAUCUACUUCGAAUACAAUAAGGAUUAUAGCAACAGCGGAUAACUUGAGCAAUGUUACUACUUUGAGGAGCAUGCUUCAUCCCUCAGCAUUAAUUAAGUUAGAAGUAACCACAAAGUGCUAUGACUCUCAUGACUCGGCUAUCUCAAGCACAGAUAUCUUUUCAGAUUUGAGUCUUGACGAAAAAACGUGUGUGAUACUACCACAGUCAUCUAUUGAAACCUCAUGUAUGGAUGAGUGUUCUAAAGCUCUUGUGACGAAGGCAACUGCAACUAACUCUACGGUUUUAGUCUGUCAUAGUUAUACCUCUGCCAAAGAGUAA